AUGAAAACAGAGAGACCAAUAGAAAGGAAAAUGAAGAAACCAGUAACUCUCUGCUCACGACAACCCAAGAAAAUAGGACAUUCUCCGGGAGCUGACGAUUCCGAUUCCUUUUUCAAAGAAAUGACAUGAUUGAUUGACAACACCGUGGCAGCUACGAACCAUGGAAUUCCAAGCACCGAAUUAACAGCGAUUGUUAUUGUAACAACCAGGAGAUCCAAAUGGUAGCCACCUCCUUUCUUAAGUUUAUUCUCCCGACGAUUAACGAUAACUGAGGUAAUCUGUUGGUCCAUGAAGAUAAGAAUAACCGCCAACAAAGCAGGUCCAAUAGCCGCCAAAGAUGUCCACCAAGGAUUUCCAUUGAACGGCGGAAUAAUCCAUCCACGUUUAUUAUAACCUAAAGUGGGCUCAAAUGAGACAGGAACAAGAAGUUUAGGCGUGUGAAGACCAGUGAAGUAAUCGAUCAAACUACAGAUGACAAUAGCGAUCAGAACCGCGAAAUCGGAAAUCAGAGAACGAACACGAGAUGGGAAAAAUCCAGAGUUGCGGAGACUCCUUAGGCCGUAGGAGAGAGCAAAGCACAGAAUCGCCAGAAGAAUGCAAAAAAGAAAGAUAUCCGGAGCAUAAAAUCCUUCGCAUGCUUGGUUAUUCCAAACACCACGGAGAAUCUUACACUGCUUCUGAGCCUCAAUUGAGUCCCAACUAUAGUAAUUCUCAUUCAAACGAUUCCAAUCUAUUGUUCUAUUUUCAUUAGUGUAGUGAUGAGCGUCAGUGUCAUUAGUUCCAAUAAAGGGUAGAUCAAGAAUGGGAUAGGCAUCUCUCGCAUAAUCCAAGAGUUCUUUUUCGGUAUAAUUCUCGGGUUUGCUACAUCUGCAAUCCACAGGUGGUGCGUGGAAUGGCUUCCAAUCAAGAUUAAUUGGAUACUUGUAAGAGAUAGAGUAGGUCUUUUUGAGGGCCUCAAAGACGAAGAUUAAAGCAAUAAGGAGAGCGAAUGAUUCUUCAGUGAAGCGAGUGAUGAAUCUAACCAGAGCAGACAGAUCGAAGGCGACCAUAAUGAAUAGGAAAAGGGCGACCCACAUCCCGAUCCAGAAACGGAAAGAAAGGUAGGACCAGCGACUCGUUUCGCAAAGACGGUAG